AUGAUGGAGAGCACGGGAGGGCCGUAUCUGAACACUGCUGCUGUGACGUCCCCUGUGGGAAUAGCUCGUUUGCUGCAGAUGACGUUUGGAUGCACCACAUUCAGCCUGGUAGCCCACCAGGGGGGAUUCAGUGCAGCAUACGGCACUUUCUGCAUGUUUGUCUGGACCUUCUGCUUCGCCAUCACUGUCUUCAUCAUCGCCUGCGAAUUCACGCAUCUGCACAGCUGCCUGAGCAUUUCCUGGGGAAACUUCACUGCUGCUUUUGCUAUGCUCGCCACGCUCAUGUCCGUCACAGCCGCAGUGAUCUACCCGCUCUACUUUGUCCAGCUUGGCUGCUACCCCAUCGGCUGUGAGGUGAGAGACUUUCGCAUUGCAGCCAGUGUCUUCGCAGGCCUCCUGUUCGUUGCGUAUGCCACCGAGGUGUUCUUAACCAGGGCAAAACCAGGACAAGUCACUAGCUACAUGGCUACCAUCUCUGGGCUCCUGAAAAUCGUGCAGGCCUUCGUGGCCUGCAUCAUCUUUGGAGCGCUGGUGAACGACAGCCAGUAUGGCAAAUAUGUGGCGACGCAGUGGUGCGUGGCCGUCUACAGCUUUUGCUUUGUGAUGACAGUGGUGGUAGUGGCCUUCAGUGUCACAGGUAAGACUGCCUUGCUCUGGUUCCCCUUCGAGCGCUCUGUGGUCGUCUACACCUUCGGGGCCGUGCUGCUGUACGUGAGCGCAGCGGUCAUCUGGCCAGUAUUCUGCUUCGACAGCAAGUACGGCUCCCCGCAGCGCCCCAGCCUCUGCGCCAAGGGCAGGUGCCCCUGGGACAGCCAGCUGGUGAUUGCCAUCUUCACCUACGUGAACCUGCUGCUCUACGUGGUGGACCUGGCGUACUCCCAGCGCAUCCGCUUUGUCUCGCACCUCUGAAGUGAGGGUCUGUCGCUGCGAAGCUGUCCCAGCGCCGUAAGCAACGGCAGUCGGGGAUGCUGCAGGAGACGGGAUGGGGGGAAGGGAGGCGCUGA